AUGGGUAUUGUCCUUCUGAUUCCAGCAUUUAUUAUACUCGGUUUUGCAAAAUCAAUUUUAGUGUUAUAUAUUGGACUUUUAUUGUUUUCACUAGCUUCGGCAAUUGUUAUCAAUGUUAUUAAUAGUUUUGCAUCAAAAUUCGGUUCGGAUUCAGAAAAGGGAACUAUUCUUGGUACACUAAGAUCAUUGCAAGCACUCGCACGAGCAAUUGGACCUUUUGUCGCAUCUUCUGCUUAUUGGACAAUUGGUGAAGAAUUAACAUACAUUUCUGGUGGUCUACUGUUGAUAUUUCCGUUAAUUCUAUUAUAUAAUAUCAAAGAACGAUUGAAAAAACUUCGAUAUAUGCCAAGAAUUAUUGUGUCACAAGCAAAAGAUGAUUGA